AUUACGCUACCCCAGAAGCCAAAUACCUUCCGCAACCUCCUUCGAUCUGGAUCCUAACACAUUUGCACCCCGUUUAUCACCAACUACCAAUAAUGUCCACGUCCAUGAAACACAGGAGCAUACCAGCAGCAUUCCACGAAAAACAGCCCGUUGCUACGAUAAAGCCUUCGAGACCCACGUCCGCGCCCUUCACCAAUUUUUCCAAGCCUUUGGCACAGGAGGAUGCGCCUGCUGCGAACCCCAAAUUGGUCGCCGCUGAAGAAUUACAGGCUAGGAUCAAAGCCGCAAGAAGGAGUAGAACCGCCUCUCAACCGCUGCCCGAAGCAGUACGACGGAAACUCGAUCACUCGUCUGACCUCAUACACCCAGCCUUGCGCGCCAGGAGCGGCGUAACACCAAACCCUGCUCGUACCGUCAGCCACAGGCCCAAGAGCCGUGAGGGCCUUUCCAUAGACGCGGUGAUUCGGCGACUAUCCAUGGAAAUUGAUGAGCAAAACCAUGUUAGAGGACGCGGUCCACCCGUGUCAGGCCAGCCUUUGCAUCUUUCGGACAACAUACCGCCAGUACCCACACUACCAGCAUUCCCACCCGCUGCGACCUACCGUCCACGACCGCGCCAAACCGCGAGCAGUAGGUCUUCUAUGACCAAACGACGGAGUCCUUUAUCCAAUGUUUCUUCUCCAGACGACUCAGCGGAGACGUCUUCUCACACUUCCAGACGUACUUCCGCCUCUUCUCGCACAUCCAAGUCUGAAGACUCCAAAGACGACGACGAUAACGACGACAUCGUACGCGUCAUCAAUCCACAACCUGUAAAAGCCACCUUGGUCCAGCGAAAACACAUAUCUGAACCCCAGACUUUGCCUCAACCGUCUGCUCCAAGCUCGCGGCCCACGUCACAGCGUGCCAAGAGCCGCAGCUCAUGGCACACCCUUUCCCGGCGCAGCAUACUGUGCUCUGUAUGAGUGCUCCGAGUCUGAAUGCUUUGACCACAAAGACUUCAUUCUUUGACCUAUCGGAGAACCUCUGCACCUUGCAUUUUAGCGUGAUUUUACAUCGACCAAGGCGUUUGGGCAACACAGCGCUUGGGGCCGAUAUCUUACUCCUCUAAACUAUGUCAUUCUUAUA